UGAUAUGAAUACAUCAAUUGAAAAAUUAUUCAAGAAAAACUUUUUUAAUAAGGCAGACGAAAGCAUAGAAGAAGAAUUGCUGCUAAUUUCACCUGCGAAAUCCUCGGAGCUGCAAGCAAUAGUUAGAGUGGUUGGUUAUGGCAAAAUCUUGCAAAGGCUUGGCAGAGGAGCUUGUCAAGUGUCUUAGCGAGUCUGAUUGUAUUAAGGUGCAGAAGAGGUCAUUUAGGGAAUGUGCAGGGGAGACAACCCCUUGUAUACCUAGCGAUUGUGUUGGUCUAAGAGAAACAUACUUCAAUUGUAAGAGGGGCCAGGUUGAUAUGCGAGCCCGGAUUCGAGGAAACAAGGGAUAUUAGGUCGUGGAGCUGUGUAGGCAUCUCCUUGGAGCUAAAUGAAGUAAAUGGCAGCAAAAAAUCAUCAUAUACCAAAUUGAAUAAUGCAGCAUAAUCUUUUGUUGAUGGAAAAUUUUGGGUUUCUGGCAUCUUUAUCUAACAUCUGCCCUCAUGUCUACCCGCAUAACUGAGGAAGUUUUCUCAUGAGGGGAGUACUGAUGAUAUAGCUAUAUACAAGUCUUGUGUCGAGACUUAAUUGUUACGUUAAUGUAUGCGACACGUUCUCUA